CACGCGCACUGAGGCCCAACAAAGGGCCGAAUUAAGAACGGUUUGCAAGUGAAACUGAUGUAUUUAUGUCAUAAAAAUGGUGAAAUCUGUGAAGUGGCGAGUAGAAAUUAGGAUAUUCGACGUGUCGAAUCAUGACCGAGGCAUCUGAAAAUGCCUACCUGGUGCGGGUGCGCGCGCAGGUGAUGUGUCGCGACGAGGGCACGGGCGGGUGGGUGGCGCUGGGUGGCGGCGGCCUGGCCGACGUCAUGGUCGGCCGGCGAAGACACGCACCCCCCGGUGUUGAGGAGAAUGGCGACGCAUCAUCUGCGCCCGCGACCGCACUCGCGCACGAAUACUACAUACACGGGAAGCGGAUCAGCGAUAACAUGGUGGUGUUAGAAUGCACUAUAAAGAAGGACUUCCAGUACAACAAGGUGAUGCCGACCUUCCACCAUUGGGUGACGGACGAGAAACGGUUCGGACUCACGUUCCAGACGGCAGCGGACGCGAGGGCAUUCGAUAAGGGCGUACGGACCGCUAUCGAAGAAUUGCUGGACGGUCUGGGUGGGGCGUGGCCAUCACUUCACGCGUACAAAAAACUGUACCCAGCACCCAAAGAAGAUGAUGAGGAACAAAAUAUAUUUGAGUGUCUGAACCUGCCUUCCGACUCGCGGUCGAGCUCAGAAAACUCGACGGCGAGUCGAAGCAGGCGCGACGAACUCACGCAGACGCCGAUACUAUCCGCCAUCACGCUGCCGAGGCACAGACCAGAAUCACUGAAACAGUAUGAAGCGCAGUAUGAAGAGAAAGCUUUGGAUGACUCAGAUCCUGACCGAUGUCCUUAUGUACACCUCUCAGCGAUCCACGACUACACGUAUCCCCAGAUGGGGUCGGGCGUGAUCAGUUCAGAGAAAUCUUCGCCAAACACCAAACCACCAUUGCUCAAGAGAGAUUCCGGGUCUAUAAAGAAGAUGUGUUCGUACGCACCGCCACCAUUGCCGGGAAAGAAGCCAGCUGACACAUUCCAAGCGAGGCUCAAAUGCCGACAUUGUCACGAAUGGUAUUUAGAAAGCGCUAAUAGGGCGGGUGCGUGCGAAUUCGCCCCGGAUUGCUUCAAGUCUUGCAUCGAUUGCACCAGCUGCAUUAAGUGUGCUCAGUGCAUGGUAUACCACUGUAUGUCGGAUGCGGAAGGGGAAUUUGCAACGCAUCCUUGCGAAUGCGGACCUCCUACCAACGCUUGCGUCAAACGCUGGGUGGGCGUUACUCUUCUCAGUCUCCUAGUCCCUUGUCUGUGGUGUUAUCUUCCCCUACGAUGCGCCCAUAGAGCCGCGCGAGCUGCCGGCCUAGCUGGCGGCGCACACGCACCUAGAGACUAACCGCUCUAUAAGCGUAGUUCCAAAACUACGCACCAUACGGGAGAAACCAGCGACAAAACCGACGUAGACAAGCAAUGGGAAGACUCAGAUGCGUCGAUAACUCAAUGUACUAGAAAAUUGGAGCAAUUAAGCAACGAAAACUAUAAGAGAUACCAUACAAAAGAAGCUGGAACAAUUAGUCGAUGUGGAUCAGAAACGGAGCGUUGCAACAAUGAAAAGUUUAAAAAAAUCCAUACAAUUUCUAAAUCAGAGUGGUCUUACAGUGAAAAGUGUAAAAAGUGCAAUAAAAAACGUGCUAAAUCAAUAUUUAAGCAUUCUAUAUGUAAAAAGUGUAACAAAUGCAAUAAAAAACGACAGGCUAAGAAGCGAAACGGUAAAAAGGAAAAACAAUGGGAAACGGACGCUUCUACAAGUCGCCGCACCUCAAAAGUACGCAAUGGCACAGACUCGGAGCAUUCAAGCUAUAAAGAUUUUAAACUUCUUCGUGUAAAAUAUGCUACAACCCAAACAAGUAUUGCAAAUGACGAAUAUGAGUCAGAUGCAUCGAUAAGCCGGUGUAGCUUAGAACUAGAGCACUCCAGCUUUAAAGAAUAUAAAGAAUGCCGAAUGAAACACGCUAUAACACAAACCCAUAUUAAAAUUGAUAAGAACAAUUGCGGCAAAGCAGUAGCAUCAACAAGCCGAUGCGGUUUAAAAGUAGAGCACGUAAGCCGUAUAAAAAUUAAAAUACAAUAUAUAAAUCAUGCUACGAAACAAGCCUGUGCCACUAACAAUACAGUAUAUAAACUUUUAAAACAUAGUGCAACACAAACUUGUUCUAACGCUGCCCAGAACGGUCAAUGCGUCGUCCCACAUGAUAUUAAUGAAGCCGAGUUCUGUGGUUAUAAAUUCUAUCCACGAGCAUACCAUUUAAAACACGCUACGACACAAACUAAUGUUACAAAUAAUAUUAAUAUCGAGAACUAUGGGAAUAUAAGAAUGACACCAGAUAUUUCAUCAACGCAAACUUUUGCUACCGUUGAUGAUUACAGACAAUGGGUCGCACGCCAUAUAACUAGUUACUAUAAUUUCGACAGUAAAUUAUUAUAUGACGUAAAUACUUUGCGACGAGCUAAUCAAUUCUAUUAUACUGGAAAUCCUGGAUACUGUCAUAAGUGCGGUUUACCAUACCGGCCAGGUGAAGAACCGUAUAGAAUUCUGAGAUACUAUCCUUUCACAAGGAGAUGGACCUCCUAAGACCGAAGACUAUCUGAAACUUAUAAGUAAUACCAAUUUAUAAUAAUAAAAUAUACCAUAUUACAUACUUCGUCUUACCAGUAUACUGUGCUGGGGAAAAAGACUAGAAACUCAAUUACGUAACCAGGCAGAAUGCAGUACUUACUAAGGAAGAUCAAAGUAGCAAAAGUACCGCUCAAACAAUAUCAUGGGGAAUGGAAGUCACACAGAAAUGUUUAUACAAAAAGAUAAUAUAUUACUGCAGAAGAUGAGCAUAGCAAAGAACGCUACAUAAAUGGCUAUUUUACAUAAAGCGAGAAAUUUAAAAUGAAAUAAUCAUAGCCUUAUCGGCAGUAUGUUUCACGAUAUAAGAUUGGAGACAUGUUCUAACUUAAAAGAACCGUUAUGAUAAAUAUGUUAUUAGAAUGCUACUCGCUUUUCCUUACAUUUAAUCAGAUAAUAUCUUCGCUGCAGCAAUAUCAGAACGACAAACCUAGCAAAUUAUUUGAUGGAUUGAAUUGCCAUGAAAGUUAAAACUCACACCUUAACUUUGUACAUUUGUACAAAAGGGUCAUUCACGGCUGUGGCCUGAAACUUAAAAAGUUUUAUAUAGAAUUAUUAUAAUAUAAGAAUGUCUGGACUACAUCCUGCGAGUUAUAGCAAAGCUAUAUUUACUAAUUUGCUCGGUUCGUGUACAUACAACACGAAGGUAGUUGGAGCUUUUUAUAUAAAAAGCGAGGUUUGACCGUCGAAAUCUAUGAAUAGGUGUUAAGAUUUUUAAUUUCUAUUUACCCACUCCAAUGUGAGGAAUUGUGAACUCAGUAUUUUUGACUUGUAACUUUAAGUGAAAACAGUGCGAUUGCAUAUAGGCAAGUGAAAAACUCUUAUUGUGAGUGCCAGCAAAAUUGAGUGGUGAAAACGAAGGAACACUGCAUGUGACUGUUAUGUGUUUAAAAUAAUUACGAAACUUUGGGAUUAACGUAAUUUUUGAAAGUGGCAACACAUUGUUAUUUUUUUGUUGUUGUAGAAAUCGGUUCAUUUUUGUUUUUUGUUUAUCAAUAAAAUUAUUUUCGUAGUGGAGUUACGAAUGCCAGUAUUAUUUUUAAUGUUAUAAAAGAAGUUUGUAAGCCAAUGUUUUGCCAUAACGUUGCCACUUUGUAAGGAGUAUCUUUAGCAUUAAUUCGGUGUUUUUAGCGAAGCCAAGUCGCUUCAUCGAUUCGCCAUGGUUCGUAAACGCUUGUAUACAAACUUGAAACUAUGUAUUGUGCCAUAAGCGUAAUUAGUGUACUGUUUUGUAAUCUCCUACCUAACACUUUAAGGCGAUAAUUGCGUGAACAUGAUACUCAACAAAAGGAUAAAUCUCUAUGAUCUAUGUUGAUCAGGCUCAAGCAAUUUAACGCUUUAAAGUCAUAGGUUGGACUUCAAGACUACAACAUAUUUUUGAAUAGCAUUUAAUUUGGUAUAGCUGAUUUUCGCGCAAGUUUCUGUGAGUCUUCCACGACACUUAAUGUUUCACGC